CUCAGUACAGAUGAACGUGGUGAACUCUGCUUCCUGAGCGUCUCUUUUCCUGCAGAUUUUUGCCCUUCCAUGCAAAAUUUUCAGUGCUUUUUUGUCACCCGGGAGGCACGGGCCGUCCUAAGGAAGGCUCUCCCGCUAGUGCCCCGUCCUUCCGUUCCCUCCCGGGCGGGUGGGAGCGGCAGGGCAGGUUGCGCGGUGCCGAGAGAACCCACCUAGAGGGCCCCCUUGACGCCAGCACAGCCUCUGCCAGGCAGAGCCCUCUCCGCAGCCGAGCCCAGUCUGCUGCAGGACCAGUGCCACGCAGCCCGACACUGUCCGGGGCUGCCGCGGCUGCUGCUGCUGCUGCUGGGCGAGGAGACCAGCAGCCCGAGGGCAGGCUGGAAAUUCUGGUCCGGGAAAGGAAAGUGUGAGCCUGUUGACUCUGCAUUGCUUCAAAAUAGAUGCCGUCUCUGUAGCCUGGGCUUAAGAAUCUUCCCGAGGAUAUUUGCCAGAGCGUAAGGAGUGAUAACUACUGUCUGGGAGCUGAAUUGGGAAAAAAGGACAGCAGAGAAAGAAUGCUUAGCAAGUGAUGCAUAAAUGGAUGGACGUGUACCUAGAAAACCCUGUGAGAAGUCUUUCACUGGAUCCUGGGAAUUUUUAUUUUUGUGGAUUACAGUAAUUCUUGCAAUAAUCCCUGCUGUUGACUGCUCAUGCAGUUGUUCUGGCAUGCAUCUAUGAAUACCAUAACAGAUAAAUCAGUCUGACAAGGAAAACACUAAUGUUGGAAGACCUGUGAACAUGAUGCAUGUGAAUAAUUUCCCCUUUAGGAGGCAUUCAUGGAUAUGUUUCGAUGUAGACAAUGGUACAUCAUCAGGACGAAGUCCCUUGGACCCCAUGACAAGCCCUGGGUCAGGGCUAAUUCUUCAGGCAAAUUUUGUCCACAGUCAACGUAGGGAGUCUUUCCUUUACCGGUCAGACAGUGAUUAUGAUCUGUCUCCAAAGUCCAUGUCCAGGAAUUCCUCCAUUGCCAGUGAUAUACACGGAGAUGACUUGAUUGUGACACCGUUUGCUCAGGUUCUGGCCAGCCUGCGUACUGUCCGGAAUAACUUUGCUGCAUUAACCAAUUUACAAGACCGGGCACCCAGCAAACGAUCACCAAUGUGUAGCCAACCAUCUAUUAACAAAGCAACUAUAACAGAGGAGGCCUACCAAAAACUGGCUAGCGAGACCAUGGAGGAGCUGGACUGGUGCCUGGACCAGCUGGAGACCCUGCAGACCAGACACUCCGUCAGUGAAAUGGCCUCGAACAAGUUUAAAAGAAUGCUCAACCGUGAGCUAACCCACCUCUCUGAAAUGAGCAGGUCAGGCAAUCAGGUCUCAGAAUAUAUAUCAAACACUUUCUUAGACAAGCAACAUGAAGUUGAAAUCCCUUCUCCGACACAGAAAGAGAAAGAGAAAAAGAAGAGGCCAAUGUCCCAGAUCAGUGGAGUCAAAAAGCUCAUGCACAGCUCCAGCCUAACUAAUUCCAGUAUUCCCAGGUUUGGAGUUAAAACAGAACAAGAAGAUGUCCUUGCCAAGGAACUUGAAGAUUUGAACAAGUGGGGCCUUCAGGUUUUCAGAGUAGCAGAGUUAUCUGGAAACAGACCUUUGACUGUCAUCAUGCACACUAUUUUUCAGGAGAGGGACUUGUUAAAAACUUUUAAGAUUCCAGUAGAUACUUUAAUAACUUACUUGAUGACCCUGGAGGACCAUUACCAUGCAGAUGUGGCAUACCAUAAUAACAUACAUGCUGCAGACGUUGUUCAGUCAACCCAUGUCCUACUAUCAACCCCAGCAUUAGAGGCAGUCUUCACUGAUUUGGAGAUUCUUGCAGCAAUUUUUGCCAGCGCAAUACAUGAUGUAGAUCAUCCUGGGGUUUCAAACCAGUUUCUUAUCAACACAAAUUCUGAACUCGCCUUGAUGUACAAUGACUCAUCAGUACUGGAGAAUCAUCACUUAGCUGUGGGUUUCAAGCUGCUGCAGGAAGAAAAUUGUGACAUUUUCCAGAAUUUGACCAAAAAACAGAGACAAUCAUUGAGGAAAAUGGUCAUUGACAUUGUUCUUGCAACAGAUAUGUCUAAGCAUAUGAAUCUACUGGCUGAUUUAAAAACUAUGGUUGAAACGAAAAAAGUGACCAGUUCUGGUGUCCUGCUUCUUGAUAACUAUUCAGACAGGAUUCAGGUUCUUCAGAAUAUGGUGCACUGUGCAGAUCUGAGCAAUCCUACCAAGCCACUCCAUCUCUACCGCCAAUGGACAGACAGAAUAAUGGAGGAAUUUUUCCGUCAGGGAGAUCGGGAAAGAGAGAGGGGAAUGGAGAUAAGUCCCAUGUGUGAUAAGCACAAUGCAUCUGUGGAAAAAUCACAGGUGGGAUUUAUAGAUUACAUUGUUCAUCCUUUGUGGGAGACAUGGGCAGAUCUUGUUCACCCAGAUGCCCAGGAUAUCUUAGAUACACUGGAGGACAAUCGAGAAUGGUACCAGAGCACAAUCCCUCGAAGUCCCUCUCCUGCACCUGAAGAAAAGGAGGAGGGAAAGCAGGGUCAACCUGAAAAAUUCCAGUUUGAACUAACACUAGAGGAAGACGGUGAGUCAGACACUGAAAAGGACAGUGGAAGUCAAGUAGAGGAAGACACCAGCUUCAGUGACUCCAAGACUCUUUGCACCCAGGAUUCAGAAUCCACUGAAAUUCCUCUUGAUGAGCAAGUAGGGGAAGAAGUAGAAGAGGAGGAGAACCAAACAGCAGAGCCUUGUGUGGUAGAAGAACAUUCUCCUGACACAUAACAAUGAAAACACACUCUCUUUCUCUCCUGCUCUCUCCCUUUCUUUUCCUCUUUCUCUCUCUUUUUCUUUUCUUUUUUUUUUUUUAUGGGGGGGGAGAGGGGAGGAUUUUGGUUUUGUUUUGGAUUUUUUAUUUUUAUUUUUUUAAAUUUAGGUAAUGAUUUCCAAAGUAUAUGUCACAUACUAAACCAUGGUCAGAACUUGGUGUUACCUGCCAGAAGGAUUGUUGAUCAAAACUGAUGUUGAUGACUCAGUUUGGCACUCAGGAAUAUUGUAACCAGAAUUUUCACCUCCACGGUGUCAGAAAGGAGGGGGAGAACAUCCAUUAGGUACAUUUUAAUAAGGUCUCUAUUUGGCAGAGUCCAUUAAAUAAAGCAAAUGCUUUCAGAGGCGUACCACCUGCCAAACGAAUGUUGGUGUGCUUUGAUAGUUUUUGAAUUCAUUGUAUUGUAUUGUAAGGUAUUGGAUAAUAGAUAGAUUAAUGUAGAGGAAACAGACAGAAAAAACAUUGAGGUUCCUACUGGAAAACAAAUUCACAAAAAUAAAGGGACACAACAUGAUUCUGUUACCAACAGGAAGAUAAGCUGUGAAAAUUGCAUAGUUUUCUGAUUUCUAAUCUGAGACAUAACUGAAAAAAGUGUGACCCAGUGGGUUGCACUAACCUCUCCAUUUUGUAUAAUAUGUGAAACAGAGAUCUUUUUUAGAGCUUACUUUUUAUUAAAUAUACCGAGGUAUUAUAUUUAAAAAAAAAAACCGAUUUUCAUCUGCCACUGAUUUUUUUUUUUCCAAAGAGUUACUUACAAGUUUUCAGUACAAAUCUGUGCUACACUGGAUAAUACUUCUAGGUUUUUUUUCUUUAAUUCCUUUUUCUUUUAUUUUUUUGGCACCUUAGAAUGUCAUGGUAAUAUUGAGCUGUAAAAGUCUAUUAUUUUAUAUAUUCAUGAGUUCCAUGAAUAUUUUUUGUGUUACAUAAAACUUUUUCAGUAUGAUAGCUUUUUUCGUUUAUUUGUUUUUUCACCACAAUUUUCCCAAAUGUGUUAGUGGAUUUAUAUAGUGCUUUUGCCCUCAUAGUGGCCUGAUCCUGCCAACUCUGUCUUACUACAAGAAGUGGUCCCAGUGAUACCAGCUAGGACCACUAACACUAGGAUUUACAGGACCAGAGCCUGUAAAAACAGUAAUGAAUUGUCAUCAGUAAAAAAGCAGCUCUUUUGCUAUUCUAAUAACAAUUGUUCCUCUGAAACAUGGUUUUUCAGACUACUUUUGCCUGGGAGCUAUAGACUGCUAAAUCAGAACAGACUGAUACAACGUAUGAAAUAUUUGUUCUGCUGAAAAAAAGCAUUAGUGUAGUAUCUCCAACUUAAGACUCCCAGUAACUUUUAAUCUGGGUAGCUAUCUAGUUAAACCAUUUGCUAAUCUGAGAGGUGUACAACAUAAAAAUAAUGAGUAGUGUUAUUUUUUCAUGUCUUUGUUGCAAGAAGAGCCAGGCCAGUCUUGUCUUUUUAUAUUAUUAAGUAAGUGAGCAGUGCAUCAUGAGAGUUGUAGUUUACUCCAUAUUAUUUCAAUCUUAGAUCUUUUCAUCCUUUUCCCUGCUUGUGCUAAGGGAAUCCUGCCUUUCAGUUUGAUUGGUACUGAAGGCUACCAUAACUUGGAAAGCUAAAGGGAGGUAGGAGUUAAUAUUUGUCAUUUUUCAGUCUUCUUGUUUGGUCGUAUGAAAGAAGAGAUUUUAUUUCCUCCUCUUUAGUCAUCACUAGAAUUGUAGUUUUGAGUGUAGAAGAUGGGAAAUAGUUUCGUAGGGAGGCUAGCAGACUCCCACACUCUAAAAUUCUGUUAAAAUGACAAUAUCAAGAUAAUUUCUUAAUAAAAGGUGAUAGCAGCAGCCAUUAUUUUCCUUUUGGAUUUUUUUGGUAGCAAAUUUGCAGCUAUGAAUACAGGUACUUUUAAAUUACCAGAGAUCUAGAAUAAAAGCCUGUUUAAAAAUAAUUGGCUAAUAGUUCAACUUUUAAAUGCAUUUUGCAUUCUUCUAUAUCCAGGUCAUAAUUUUCUUUACCAUUAGCCCUCACAGGGCCUUAGCACAGAAGAUGCAGAAGGAGUAAAAGAAUGAAGAUAACUCAUGGGGUUUUUUAAGUUUUGCCUUUUUUUUUUUUUUUGAUUCUUUUUUUUUCAUCAUUUCUUGCUGACCCUGAUCCAUCUGAAAGUCCUUUUAGCCCCCAAGAGUGCCUGGAACCUCAGUAGUGGAAAAGCAAUAUAAAUUCCAGAAUAACCAGUAGGACCUGGAAAGUUUUGUUUCUGCACUAAUUGAAAGUAAAUGAACAUAAACCCAUAUUGUGAGAUAUACACCUGUACAUGUGGACAAUCAAAUCAUAGAAAAUGAUACCAUUUCUUAGAGUUGGGGAUAUAAUGCACUGUACAAUCUUUUUUUUUCCUCUUUUGCCAAAGUGUGUUUUAGCAUUGUACACUGCUUUAAAACAAUACCAUUUAUAAGUGGCUUUAUGUGUUGUGAAUAUUUUUGCCAUUAAAAAAUGCAGUGAGUGGAUACUGAGUGGGAGGAAAAAAGAAAAAUCACCUUGUUUAUAACAGUACACUUUAGCUUGCAAGUUGCUGUACUCAGUAAUGCUGUAUUUAAAUUCUUAAAUUGUUUUGUGUCAUUAAAAAAUGAUAAUGAAAGAAUAUCGAUAGAACAAAUAGCAUUCAGAAGUUAAAAAAACUUGAAUGAAAUGGAUUUUAUAGAAAGCUUUGACAGUUCUUUUGAAACACAUUAUUUAUUUUUUGUGCCAUUCAUUUUUCUCACCAAAUGACCUUACCUGUAAUACAGUCUUGUUUGUCUCUGUUUACAACCAUGUAUUUAUUGUAAUGUACAUACUGUAAUGUUAAUUGUAAAUUAUCAGUUCUUAUUAUAACAUCAUCCUUGUCAGGGUGGUGUUGCUGUAUCUGGAAACUCUUGGUGAGAGAAUGACUAUUGUGUAUACAUAUUCCUUGUACAUUUCUUCUCCUGUAAUAUAUUCAGUGUCACCAUAGAGCUCAUUUAUGGAAGAUUUGAGAAAAGUAUAAAAUACAUAAAGAUAUAUUGAUUAAAAAAGCUGCAGGUCUUUGGUCCCAGGGCUGUGCCUUAACUUUAAACAAUAUUUUCUUGUUUAGCUGCAUUUGAAAGUAAGGUAGCCUUGGGGCUAGGGCUGGGCAUUUCUACCAUAUUUUUAGUUGCUAACUGAUGGGGGAUACUCUUACGAGCUAAUAUGCGUAAUACUACAAUAAACUUUCAUUCUUGACCCUGCUGGAAGUUCAAGCUUUUGCAGACUUCUGGUAAUGUAAUUGUAUUGUCUCUGAAUAUCUUUUUACAGCCUGUAAUUGGGGAUUAUUGCAGCCAUUUUUUGCUCCUAAAAAAGAUAAAUAAUUGAUGCUGCAUUUCAGUGCUGAAAUGCACUGAAACAGCUUUGGAAAGCAUCUCUAAUAAACAUUUGAUUUUAAUGCAUAUUGUGAAAUGGAAUGAUCAGAAUUAAGAGGGUGUAACUCAUACACUUUUACAAUUGUCUGUAAUGUUUCUUCUUUAGUAGCACAAAUGAUCACUGUAUAAGUAGAAUCCAUAGUAGGAUAUACAACUUCAGUCUUGGAAAUGCUUUCCAAUAUUAGUGUUACAAGUAGCCAAAGUUUAUUUUAUAUAGGUGUAGCUAAAGCUUUGUGCAGAUGUGUGUAGCAUAGUGCACUAGCUCUACAGAAGAGCAGUAAACUGUUAGAUGUUUUAAUAACACUACUAUUAGGUUUGCAGGUUGGACUGAGCAACUCUUGCUGUUUGACUUGUCACAUUGCUCCAGACAACUCAGAGCUGGUAUCAUUGAAUUUGCCAGAGUGAGGUAAAUACCUCUUCUCCAUUCCAGUGAUGCCCAGCCCUUGUAACUUGCGACUUAUUCAUGAAAGGAGAGAUUCUUUUCCAAGAAAAACCAGAAUCUCCUUUUUGACACAAACUGUAGAUUUUAGCAGCCCUGGCCCAAAGGAAUUCGAAUGCUUUUGUUUUAUAUAGUCUAAAAGGGACUCUACAACAACAGAUAUCCUGAACAAUUUCUUGUUACUGUUUUAAUUCGGUAUUUUCUUUGGGGAUGUCUUGAGAGUGGCAACUUGUGUGAACAUUGCACAUGGCUAUUCUUUCACUGGUUUCUUAGCCUCUCUUACAGCCUAUGGGUUAGUACUGUACAUCGAUACCUUCAUAUGAAAUUUUAUAUGCAAUGGAAAUAAAAGCAUGUGUUGAUUCUGCCUA